GUGGGGUGGAGGCGGGGGGUUGCCCAGUGGACCCCCAAAACAGCCUUCAAAGUCCAACGUCACUCGAGCCAAGAAAGAUAGUACCAAGCACGUUGAUUGUGCACCUGCCUUAAUAUUCUGGAAUACAGGAUAUACAGGCCGUCAACCAUAUUGUCCUCUCUUCCGACGAGGUUACGACAAGCAAGCCCAAUUAUUACAGUUACUACCUACCCUGUGACCCGCUUUUAUUCGUGCUCCCUCCAAGAUGGCACCUCCUAAAUCAGCAUCCCAAUUCCUUGCUUUCGUCAAUGCAUCUCCAACUCCCUACCAUGCCGUCGCCUCGGCCGCAGCUCUGUUCGAAAAGGCCGGCUUCAACAAGAUUAGGGAGCGGGAAGACUGGUCGUCGACACUCAAGCCCGGCGGCAAGUACUACCUGACGCGGAACGGCUCGUCCAUCGUCGCCUUCGCCAUCGGCGCGAAAUGGAGGCCCGGAAACCCCAUCGGCAUGAUCGGGGCCCACACGGACUCGCCAUGCCUCCGUAUAAAGCCCGUCAGCAAAAAGACCAACGCCGGGUACAUGCAGGUCGGUGUCGAGACGUACGGCGGCGGGAUCUGGCAUAGCUGGUUCGAUCGGGACCUGAGCAUUGCCGGCCGGGUCCUCGUCAAGGAGGGCGACGGGAACUUUGUGCAAAAGCUCGUCAAGGUAGACAAGCCCAUCCUGCGCAUUCCGACCCUGGCGAUCCACCUGAACCGGGAGCCGCAGUUCAACCCCAACAAGGAGACCGAGCUCUUCCCCAUCGCGGGGCUCGCCGCUGCGGAGCUGAACCGGACGGGCGAAGCGGGCAAGGAGGAGCCCACCGAGGGCAAGGCGGACGCGGCGGACGCAGGGGACGCGUCGGGCGAUUACCAGCCACUGAAGAACAUGUCGGAGCGCCACCACCCGUACCUCGUCGACGUCAUCGCCGAAAACGCCGGUGUGACGGCGUCUGAGGUCGUCGACUUUGAGCUCGUCCUCUACGACACCCAGAAGUCGACCCUUGGGGGGCUCAACGACGAGUUCAUCUUCUCCGCCCGCCUCGACAACCUCGACAUGACCUUCUGUGCCGUCAUGGGCCUGAUCGAGUCCGUCUCGACCCCCAAGAGCCUCGACUCCGAAUCGGCGAUCCGGCUAGUGGCCUGCUUCGACCACGAGGAGAUCGGGUCGACCUCGGCGCAGGGCGCCGACUCCAACCUCCUGCCGGCCGUGAUCCGCCGGCUCUCGGUCGUGGGUGGCGCGGGGUCUGACGACUCCACGGCGACGGCCUUUGAGCAGACGCUCAGCACGUCGUUCCUCGUCAGCGCGGACAUGGCGCACAGCGUGCACCCCAACUACGCGGCCAAGUACGAGAGCAGCCACCAGCCCGAGAUGAAUAAGGGCACCGUAAUCAAGGUCAACGCCAACCAGCGGUACGCCACCAACUCCCCCGGCAUCGUGCUGCUCCAGGAGGCCGCCCGCCUGGCCGGCGUGCCGCUGCAGCUGUUUGUCGUCCGCAACGACUCGCCCUGCGGGAGCACCAUCGGGCCCAUGCUGAGUGCCAAGAUGGGCGUCCGCACGCUGGAUCUGGGCAACCCGCAGCUGAGCAUGCACAGCAUCCGGGAGACGGGGGGCAGCCACGACGUCGAGUACGCCAUCAAGCUGUUUGAUAGCUUCUUGAGGAAUUACGGCGAGUUGGAGAGUAAGAUUCUGGUGGAUUAAGGUGGUGCUACCCAAGCUCAUGGUGUGUACCUUGAUGGAUAUUACCGCGGGAGUCAACUCGCUAUACGUAGGAUAUUAGGAUUAUCGAUUACUAUCUCCAUGGUUCAUAGAGUCUGGCCACCCAUCCGGUGUUCUUCGCGUCAAG